AUGCUGAUUAUUUCCAAGUAUCCAACUGCUUGGUUGUUCUCCGCCGCUGCCAUGAUCGGUUCAGCAGAGGAGGGAAGCGUCGAGGCUCUAUCAUUCCUUCUUCAGAACAACACUCGCAACUACUCAACCGACCUCCUGGUGUACAGUGGAAGGAGACACCUGUCCAUUGUCCAGCAUCUCCACUUUACCAACACUCGAUCUGAUAUCGCCAAAACUAUGGAAGCUGCCGCCAAAGAAGGUCUGUUGGACACGAUCAGAUUUCUUUCAUCUCAUCGAACGGAGCCGUUUGGAGUCAAGCCCUUGGAGGAGGCAGCAAAAGGAGGACACAUCGAAGUGGUGCACUGUCUCUGCCGCAAUCCAACUGUAUUGCAGUGCAGCGAUUGGGCCUUUGCAGGUUCUGUCAAGUAUCCCCAAGUAUUCCAAUUCCUGGUCUCGCAUUUCCCGAGCGACUUUGAACGCAUGGACAUUCAACGCUUGAUGUAUCUGACCAAUGGAUGCGAUCGUGAUCCGCACACCCUCGUUCAGGUUCUGGAUAUACUUGUUCAGAUGAAGGUUCAGCGCCUACAGAUCAACGAACGACUAGCCAUCAAGAUGAAAAAUUUCUUGUCCAUAGUCAUUCGCCACAACUAUCACAAAUGCCUCAUUCGAACAUUCGAAACAUUCGAUCUGACCAACAUGUUAUUGCCAGCAUUGCAUCUUUCAAUCCAAUUUGGACAACUCCAUCUCGUCCGGUAUUUCCUCAACGCGCUUCGCAAAGAUCAAUAA